CACUCAAACGCACGUAGUGGAACAGACGGUUUGUAUUCAGCACCAGUGCUGGAACAGCUCCUUUCCUCCGCGUGCUGGGGCGAUGUGCGCGCGCAGUUACUUGGCUUUUUUACGUGGGAACCGAUGUGCAUAUAGCUAUAUAUUCUAUAGCUAUAAAAGACCUCCGUUUCACUUCUAGUAUGGGCCACUGUCAUUAGUGUUAUAUUUGCGUAUAUUUUCUUUUAAAAUAUAUUUGUUUUGUUAUUCGUGUGAAAGCAGGAAAAGGUGGUGAGUGUUGGACACACAGACUUGCUGCUUCUAUAGUGUGUGUGUGUGUGUGUGUUUGGACAGGGGAAAGCUUUCGCAGUGUGUAAUACGUCAUUGCAAUCCAGGAGAAUUCUCCUCGGUCCUGUCUCUCUCUAGUCCGGCCGGACCUUCUACAGAAGCGACUUGCGCUGACAAUUUCAGCAGGCAAACUAAUGGGACAACCGAGGUGUUUGGAACCUUUCCCCCCUUCUCACUGAAUUUCUUGGAAAAGGACACAGAUUCACCCGAAGAGAAAACAAGUCAAAUCAAAAUGACGGCCGAGACCUCCGAGGGUGACGGGUUCUCCGUACCGCUGUGCUCCUACAGCGGGGCUUCCCAAACUAACGGCACCUGCAUGGACCAGAUGGAGCGAUUCUUCCCACCUUUUUCCUCGACGUUUGCGCUCAUCGUGCUCGUGACCAUGAUUGUAGGGAUCAUAUUUGUCUCUCUGGCUACAUUCCACUUCCACAAGAGGAGGAUGAGGAAGAGGAAGAUUCAACGUGCCCAAGAGGAAUACGAGCGCGACAGCCGCAGCCCAGUGUCCUCCAUGGGUAAGCGGGAGACAACGAGACCGUGUAUCAUUGUCCGGCCCGCGGCUAGAGAUAAGGGGCACCGGCCGCUCUUCCCGGUCAUCCAGAAAUGUGAUCAAAAUACCAGUUGUCUCAUUGAAGAGUCUGGAAACCCGCCAACAGCAAAGAACGCAGCAAAAAUAGAUAUCCCACACAUCAAAGGAGACGGACCACUGGAAGCUAGAUAAGGGGCACCGGCCGCUCUUCCCGGUCAUCCAGAAAUGUGAUCAAAAUACCAGUUGUCUCAUUGAAGAGUCUGGAAACCCGCCAACAGCAAAGAACGCAGCAAAAAUAGAUAUCCCACACAUCAAAGGAGACGGACCACUGGAAGCUGUCACCUCGUCUUGAUAAGUCUGCAGUUGGAACCGGGAAACGGAACUGUAGAUACACCAAAUAUUCACGUUUUAUUUCAGGGGAAACUGACUGAAAGAAGCUCUCUGUCAUCCACUUGGAAUUAAGAAAAGCAAUAUGGCACAAUGAAGACCCCGUGACCUCCAGGAACAGACAACCUGCUGAAACGUUCACGAACAUUUCGAGGGAAUCGAUCCGUGUCAAAUCUGUAAAUGUUGUAUAAAAGUUGAGUACGUCAGUCUAUUAGUAUACCGUCGUGGAAUGACUUCAGCAACGGACAAUUUGUUAUGAUGUAAAUGAACGAAAGGUUGACAUUUCUAGACCUGGCGCGAGGGUUGGACAGCGUGCAUGCUCUCCGAGGUGCUGAAAUGUAGAUCCAUUUUCCUCCCGCUUAUUAAUGUGCCUCUUACACAAUACUUUGUGUUGAUGUUUAUUGCAACUCGUCUUUAAGUAUUUCCACGGCCUAUGUAAACUAGUAGCCUUCCAGUAAGCAGUCCAUGACUUUAUAUUUACGAAAGUUUUCUUUUUUUCUUCUGAUGAUAAUUCCUUAAAGAACCUGUGCACAUCCCCUUCACACCACCCGUCCCCAAACAAUACAGCUUUGCUUUAUGUAUUAAUCAUUUGCCUUUUAUCAUGCUUCUAAUGGGUGGCAGUACAUUUAAUGUAAAAUGUGGUGAAAGUGCUGGCACCCUAUAGCAAGGUUUCAAUCGUACUGUGUGGUCUUUUAAGGUAGUGCUGCUGCAUAGAGGACUGACUCAUUACUGGAAGUUCCGAUAUUUUUCUUCAAAUUGCUUAUUUUUGGUAGUAGUUGAAAGUACACCCUUGUCUUCUCCCUAACGCCUGUUAAGACCGCAAGGUAGCACGUGUUACUUCCUCUAUAGGUCGUUAUCUCCCAUUGGGACCUUCUGGGGUACGGUCAAAUUGAGCCCUAAGCAUUUUAAAUAUUUAUGAUGUAUCCUCUGAAAUGUAAUAAACGAGGAAUCAUUG